GUCCCUCCAGAGAAGAGAGAUAGAAUUGAGAACUUCUAUUGUAAUUAGUGUAUACGGACAUAUCUAAAAACAUUUACAAAUUGGAAGUUCUUACAAAGACUUACGUUUUUCCUAAACCCAUUAUGGGACCAAAAAUUACGGGGUCCUUACCGACCUACUUCAUUGUGAUACUAUGGAUAAUAACAACUGGAACGUUACAAUGGACCUCGGCACAGUCAGCUCAUGUAUGUACUCACACCAAGAACACAGUAGAAGAAAAGGCGGAUAAGUGUACAUCAUUUCUUUCCUUUACGUUACAAGGAUACAGCCUGAACCGGACCUCGUCCUUCCCUGGGAUGAGCACGACUGAUAUCAAUAACGCUUUAAACAAAAUCAUGUCAUCUUCUGCAGAUCAAGAUAAAAUCUGCUAUUUCUAUAGAAAUAAAGAAUAUGAGGUGACUGAGUGUUGUAGCGGAUAUCAAAACGGAACAGGCAUAUGCGACACUCCUAUUUGUUCAAAUCCGUGCAAAAAUGGUGGUGUUUGCUCAAAGCCAGAAAUGUGUGACUGUGGGGCUGAGUUCACAGGAAUCAUGUGUGAAGACAAAAAAAUAUAUGCCGGCGAAAAUGAACGGUACUGUUACAAAGGUGCAACCUGUGGCAGUGUCAAAGCCGAAGGUGCAGAAAAUAUACGUCUUCCACAAGCUGAUUGUUGUGCUUUAGCAGAUGCCCAAAGUUGGGGUGUUGGUACCGAAACUUGUACCAAAUGUAUCAAGACAGAAGGAGGAACUGAAGGAAUAAUUCAGCAGAAGUUCAAUCCAAACUUCAGAACCUGUUUUAACUUUGGACCUUUUUACUACCGUACAUUUGAUGGGUAUGAGUUUGCUUUCCCUGGUCUGUGUACAUACACCUUGGCCAUGGAUAAAGGAACCGGAGGCUCAACACCACUGUGGCAUGUACAAUCAAAGAUUAUCAGAUGUGAUUCAAGUGAAGACUGCCUAAAGAGAUUUACUUUACAAGUAUCAGGAGAGACUAUUACAUUAGAAAAUGGAUUAGUAUAUAUAAACGAUGCUGAAUUCCCAUUGAUUUUGGAGUCACCAAAAGAAACACCAGGCAGAACUGCAACAAUAAUGAAGAAAGGAGACUGGACUUUUGUAACCUGUCAUAUUGGAGUUAGCCUGAAGGUUGAUAAAUAUUCAGCUAUAUAUAUCACAUUAGAUAAAAGUAGAAUCCAAGCAGGAUCUGUUGCUGGUAUUUGUGGUGACUUUGAUGAUAACCCUUCAAAUGACAAAAUGACAAGAACUGGAGACCCAGCACCAAAUAUUGUGUAUGCUGCUAACACAUGGACCGUAGCUAAUGAGGCCACACAGUGCCCAGGAGCAGGUGUGAUGCAGGAUUAUUGCAAAACAACACAAGAUAAACAAAAUGCUGAACAAGCUUGUUCAACUAUUUUGUCUGGUAUUUUCUCUGAAUGUCAUAAAUUGGAAAGUCCAUAUUUCCUUUAUAAUCUAUGUGUCAACGAAGUAUGCAAAGCCGGCAAUAACUCUGAUACAGUGAAAUGUGAAUACAGCGGAAGAUUUGCACAGUCCUGUGCAGCAUUGGAUGUUAUUGUUUUCUGGAGAUCAUCAAACUUUUGUCCAAAAACCUGUGAAGACGGAAAGGUUUACCGUGAAUGUUCAUCAAAAUGUCCCCGAACCUGCAAAACUCUUUACAGUGUGUUACCAGAUAGUUGUAUGGAGGAUUGUGUGUCUGGAUGUGAAUGUCCAGUAGGUCAAUUUAUACAGGACGGAGUUUGUGUUAAAGCAGAACAAUGUCAAUGUGAAUUCAACCGUAAACGAUACAACAAUGGAGAAACCAUAAAGAACGGAUGCAACGCAUGCAAGUGUACGUAUGGAAGAUGGCAAUGUACAGAAGAUAAAUGCUCAGAAAUGUGCGAGAUAGUUGGUAUUAAUCAUGUAACAACGUUCGACAACUAUCAGUAUUCAUUUGCACCCGCAAGUCAAAGCUGUACAUUUAGUGUGGUUAUGCCAAUUCCAGGGGUUACAGAUGACCCAAGGUCUGAUCUCAACAUUGAAAUGUCAACAGCAAGAUGCCCAAAUAUGAAAGAAGACAUAUUUUGUUUGAACAAACUUGUAAUUCAAUACAGAAGUAUGCGAGUCACAUUGGAAGGAGAAAAAGUACAUAUUUUUGAUCAGGAAAAUCCAUCCACCGGCGAACAAGAAUUGAAAAAUAUUGACACUCAACCAUUCCAUUCAAAACAUAUGUACAUCAAAUCAGCCAGUAACAAAUACAGAAUGGUGAAAGCCUUUGGAUUCAAAGUCUUAUUUGACAAAAGAAGAGCUGUAUAUAUUUACCUCGCUCCUUAUUUUGCAAACAAAGUCAUCGGUCUUUGUGGAAAAUACAAUUACCAACAGGAUGAUGAUUUCUGCACGCAAAACGGAGUGGUUGAAACCAAUGCUGUCAACUUCGUGGACCGUAUGAGAAAUGACGAGUGCCAAGUUAAAGAGCCAAGUAUAGCUUCCAAUCCAACAGAGGACACCACUGCAAAACAAGAAUGUAUAUUUUUAAACCCAGACCAAGGAACUCUUAAUCCAGAACAAGGAUCACUAUUCGGAUCUUGUUUGGAAGUAACAGACAAAAUCCAAUAUUACUAUGACAAAUGUGUACAAGAUAACCUCGCUAGGAAUGGUAUAUCUAUCAAAGAGGCCAUGUGUGAUAUGGUUGCAGCCUUUGCAAGACAUUGCUCACUUCAAGGAGAAGCUAUAGACUGGGGAACUUAUGGAACCUUACAACAAGACUGUCACGACUGGGUUUCCUGUAGUAACUUAAAUGGUAUGCAAUACAAAGAAUGCGGCAAAUUGUGCAGUGGAAACUGUAGGGACUUCGAAAUCGGCGAUUCAAGUUGUGAAGAAGAAUGCAUUCCUGGUUGUCAAUGCCCGGAUGGAGAAUUUUUGGAUGAUCAUGGUGAAUGUGUUAAACGUCAAGAUUGUACCUGCUACGACAAAUACAGUUUUGGUAAUAAAGUAUGGGAACAUGGUGAGAAUAUCACAAGACAGUGUGCCAUAUGUACAUGUUUGGAUGGUGCAUGGGAUUGUGAUCAUAAUGAAUGUGAAGAUAUUGUAUGCCCCAAAAAUCAAGAAUACAUUGAAGCUGACUCAAUCUGCAAUGUUCACAAGACUUGUGCCAAUAUCGAUUUGAAGAUGACAUGCAAUGACAAUACACAUUACAAAGGCUGUGGUUGUACCAAUGGUACAGUAAUGGCACCUGAUGGAUCAUGCGUUGAACCAGAGAGAUGUCCUUGUAUGUAUGGCCAUGACUACUAUAAAGAAGGAGACGAAGUUACAAUUAAAUGUGUCAGAAUGAAAUGCCAAAACCGACAUUUCAUCAAGGUUGGAGAAGUGGACUGUCCAGGUACUUGCUGGGUAUAUGGAGAUCCUCAUUACACAACUUUUGAUGGCAAGGGCUAUGCAUUCCAAGGAUCCUGUAAAUAUUUCCUGGUAGCAACAGACGAUAAUUCAUUUAGUGUAACAGUCGAAAAUGUUCCUUGUGGAACAACGAGUGUAACAUGUACCAAAUCAACUGUUAUAACAAUCAAAAGUACCGUAAUCCAUCUCAUCCGUGGUGAACAAGUAAAGAUAGGAAAUACACCACUCACAAGUGACCAGUACAAUAGUGAAGGACUGGUUGUUAGUACACAUAGUUACUGGACAGUAAUUAAAGCCACGUCAUUGGGAAUUGCAGUUUUAUGGGAUGGAGGAACCAGAGUUGAAGUCAGUUUGAACAAAACACAAUGGAUGGGCAAAGUUAAGGGACUUUGUGGAAAUUUCGACGGAUUGUCUGAAUCUGGAGAAAUGAUGACCAAAGAAGGCAGUGAAGCAACAUCAAUAAUUGAAUUUGCCAAAAGUUGGACGGUCGAUACAACAUGUGAUGAUUCAGUUACUGCUGAAUCUACUGAAGGUCCAUGUACUGGUGCUCUAUCAAACAGGUUGAAAUGGGCUGAAGCUUCCUGUAACGUCAUUAACGAAGAUCUCUUCAAAGAAUGUAGACAAGCAAUCGUUGGUGGUGAAUCAAAAGUGGAAGAGUACUACAGAAACUGUUUAUAUGAUUCAUGCAAAUGUGAUAGCGGUGGUGAUUGCGAAUGUUUGUGUACUGCUGUUGCUAUGUUUGCUGAAAAGUGUAAUGAAGUCGGUAAACCAGUCAAAUGGAGGAAUCCAAGAUUUUGUCCAAUCAUGUGUCCAUAUGGAUAUGAAUAUAAAGCAUGCGGUAAACCAUGUCCACAAACAUGCAGAAAUAUUGGAGAUGAACCUGAUCCAUGGUGUGAAUCAACAUAUUGCGUUGAAGGAUGUUUCUGUCCAGAUGGUUAUGUUGAAACAACCACAAGGUACAAUUCAACUCAGUGCAUACCUGCAAAUGAAUGUAAUUGUGUACACAACGGAAGAGAUUAUCCUCCAGGAACCUCUAUAAUUGACAACUGUAUGAAUUGCACCUGUAUGAACGGAAAAUUCCAGUGCUUUGGAACAAGCUGUGAAGGCAAAUGUGAAGACGAUGAAUUCAUGUGUACCAAUGGCGACUGUAUAGAUAAAAUGUACUAUUGUGAUGGUCAUCCUGACUGUAACGACGGAUCUGAUGAAAAAUGCAACCUUACCUGUCCCCUUGGUACGAUUUCUUGUGAUGUGAGCAAUACAACCUGUAUUCCUCUGAAUUAUAUGUGUGAUUCAAGAAGUGAUUGUAUUAAUGGCAUGGACGAAAGAGAUUGCACACCAACAUGUUCUGAAGAUGAAUUCAAAUGUGACUCAGGGAAAUGCAUCAGCAAAAAGUUUAGAUGUGAUAAAUAUUAUGAUUGCGGAACAGAUGAUUUAUCUGACGAAGUCAACUGUACUACUGAGUGUUCUACAGACGAGUUUGUUUGUACUAGCACAUUCAAGUGCAUACCUUUUAACCUAAAAUGCGAUGGUCAUGAUGAUUGUGGUGAUGGAUUGGACGAGCAAGGUUGCACAACAACUACAUCAGUUGCAACAACUACAAUGGAAAUGACAACAACUACAGAAUGUGAGAAGUAUAAAGUUCCACUUGAUGCUUCAAAUCUUGAUUCACCUACAAAAACUUUGUUAACAAGCGACAUAACAGCACUCACAGAGGACAAUGCCGAGGUGGUUCAGAUACCAAGCGAAACAUUUAUUCUUAAAAUCAGCGGUUUGGACGAUGAAGUAAACGGUUUAAAAAUUUCAGGAGUAAACAUUGGAUCUAUUACUGUGACAUAUACUCUGCCAGAAAGUCCACUAGCACCUGUAGCUGUUGAGGUACCAAAUAUAACACCAGGCCAGGAAAUCCCACUUGAGUCGAGAUUGUACAAAGAAAUUGUUAUAACUAUAACAAAAACACCUGGCAGCGGCAAUAUUCUUUUGGAUGCUAUAGAAGUUUUAAGCUGCGCUAAAAUCACUACACCAUUACCAACGACAACAGCUCAACCAACUACAAUGGCGGCUACAACAACUACAGAAUGUGUCAAGAAUAACGUAUUCCUUGAUGAUUCAAAUGUUGUUUCACCUUUGUCACCAUUGUCGCCAACCGACAUUGAAGCAUUGAAUGAGGCCAAUGAUAACAAAGUGGUUGAAAUACCACUCCUAUCAGCAGUUGUUAUUGAAAUUUCCGAUAUAAAUGAUGAAAUUAACGGUUUGAAAGUUGUAGGUCAAAACAUUGGAACAAUAACUGUGGUAUAUUAUCUUCCAGAGAGUCCAUUAGUACCUGUAACUCUUGAGACAAAUAUUGUACCAGGCUUGGAAAUCCCAAUUGAGUCGAGAUUAUACGACAAAAUUGUUAUCACAAUUACAAAAACAGUUAGCCUUGGCAAUAUCGUCUUAGACCAGAUAGGAGUUUUAAGUUGUGCAAAACAGACUUCAGUCACGCAAGCAAUCCCGACAACAGUUACACCAUCUAUUAUUCCUACAACCUUACCUACUGGAACAACCACACCUCAAGCAACCACUUUAGAGGUUACAACAACUACAGAAUGUGUCAAGACAAACAUAAUACCUACCAUUGAUGGCUCAAAGAUUGAUUCUAGUACCGUAACUUUGUCAGUGGAAGACAAAAAUGCACUGAGAGAGAGUGGCGAUAACAAAUUUGUUGAGAUAACCAAAGAUACAUUUGUUUUGGAGAUCAGUGAUGUGGACGAUCAAGUUAAUGGUUUGAAGGUUGUGGGAACGAAUAUUGCUAGUAUCACCGUGGAUGUUUCUCUCCCUGAGAAUCCAACAGAUUUUUCAUCUGUACCGACUCUGAAUGUUCUGCCGGGUGAGGAAAUACCUUUGGAAUUGAAAACCUAUGAUGUUAUAAGAAUAACAGUCACAAAAGUGCCUUCCAGCCCUAGUAUCACUCUGGACAGUGUAGCAGUUCACAUUUGUGGUGAACUUACAACAGUUUCAAUGGGAACAACUACACAACCAUCUACUAUAGAGGUUACAACAGCUACAGAAUGUGUUAAAGAAAAAGUUGUACUAGGCGAGUCUAAUAUUGAUACAAAUAACCCGUUGGCACCCUUGUCCACAAGCGAUAAAGAUGCACUUCAAGAGAAAGACGAUAACAAGUUUGUUGAGACAAAUGAAUCUAUUAUGGUUCUGUUGAUUGACGGUUUAGACGAAGAAGUAAAUGGUGUAACAGUUUCUGGUGAUGGCAUUGCUACUAUUACCGUGAAGUAUAAUCUUCCAGAUAAUCCAGAGUUUAUAACUGUUCAGGCCCCAAAUGUACAGCCGGGUGAAGAAAUCCCAUUGGAAUCGAGAAAGUACAACGUUAUAAGAAUAACAGUCACAAAACAAUCCGGCAGCAGUAGUAUUCGUUUAGACAGUGUAGAACUUUCUACUUGUGCCAAACUGACAACUGUACCAGUGGUUACAACUACAUCAUUACCUCCAAGUACGCCGGUUACUUCCCCGACGGAAAAACCACCAACCACCAGUGCAUUGCCUACAACAGUGCCACAAACCCCACCUACUGGAGUAACCGAACCUGCAACAACAGUACCACAAACAACAACAACAAGAUGUGAUGAACAGCCUUUCAAAACAUCUUCCACUGACGACUUUUCAAUAGUACCGUCAUCAAAUGCACUUGGACAAGACGUUUUAGACAUUCUGCAAAAACCAGGAGUACCAUUAACCUCAUGGUCACCUCAAUCAACAGAUGAAUCUCCAUUCAUUGUAUUCACUAGUACAACUCCAGUAACAUUUAUGUCUGUGCAAGUUAACGUGAAGAAUGUAGAAUCUGUGACUCUUGAAGUUGAAGGAUACUCUAAGCCACAAUUAGCCACCACAUCAUUGGUAUCAUUCAAAUUGCCAGAAGGAGUAGACAGCAGUACAUUCAAAUUGAUAUUCGUCCCAAGUGGCGAUGUGAUUCCAGUUAUAAGCAAUCUUCAAAUUGAAGUUUGUUAUGAAGGAACAACUACCGUUGCACCUACAACAUCAACAACACCAGUGUUUAUCACUUCAGCUGCAACUACUCCAUCAGUCCCAACAUCAGCUUCUACUCCAAUUACUAGCACACCUGCUCCCUGUGACAUAAAAGAGAAUAUUUGCAAUGGAGUAUGCGAUUGUGAGGAUGACUGCAGAGAUGAAAAGGACUACGGUUGUCUUCCAGUGACUACAACUCCUCCUAUGUCUACAACUACUGGAACAACUACUUCACGACCACCUACUACUACGCCAGCAGUUGUAACAACACCUUCGCCUUGUGAUACAACAUCUCAAUAUACUUGUGAAAACGGUGAAUGUAUAUUGGACAGUAAAAAAUGUGAUAAAGUAUGUGAUUGUGCUGACAGCUGUGAUGACGAAAGCGAUUGUGUGGAAGUUACUACGACCACACCCAUUGCACCAACAACAGCAGUUACAACACCAGGAGUAACUACAGCAACGAGUUCUUUGAGUACAUCAACAAGCUCUGUGAUAACAUCAACCAGUUCUAUGACAACAAGUACGGCAAUAACAACUACAAAAGGUGAAUGCACAGAGGAGAUGAGAAAAAUUGGAAUUAUAGAUGAAAACCUUAUAACAUUUAGUAGCAACCUAGGUACUGGCGAUGGGAAACUUGGCGGUGAAGCAUGGAGUCCUACGGAAACUGACUUAAUACCUUCUGUUACAAUUAGCUUCCCAAAUAAGGCUAGAGUUACUUCAAUCAUGGUACAAGGAGGUUCAAAUGGAUUUGUCCAACAAUUUCAUAUUGGAAUCAAGGAAACACCUGAAGAGUUCCAGUAUAUAAAGAACAUUAACCAUGAAAAGAUGACGUUUGUUGGCAACACAGAUAAUACUGGAAUAGUGACUAUUGAGAUGCCUGCCGAAAUAAAAACAACGAAUAUCAUAAGUAUUCAACUAUUUCCCGUAGUACCAGAAGGCAAACCAGUUGAAUUAAGAUUUGAAGUAAUUGGUUGUGCUGCUAGUAUAACGACACCAAUGGUAACCUCUGUAACAACACAGCCAAUCACGACAGGUAUAUGUACGAAUCCCAAAACUUUCAAGUAUGACAACAGAGAUGACAAAGAUCUUGAAAUUAAAACAACUAAUGGCAAGGUUGGCCAGGAUUCAGUAAAUGCAUUUGAAGGAUCAUCAAGUAGCUGGACUCCAACUAUUGGUGGAAGUAGUAUAGAAUAUGUCGUAAAUGGUAGAAAUAAUCCCGUUGAAUUUGUUGAUAUUGUGGUGAAACUCCUAAAUAUUGAGACAAUUACAGUGGAGUUACUAGACUCAGAAGGAAAGGUUAUUAGCACCAAAACAGAAACAUAUCAAACGAAAGAUGUGCCAGAAACCUUCACAUUGAAUUUCAAUAUGGAAGAUGCAGACUCUAUGCGCAUUAAUGUAACACCGAUGGAAAACAUUGUAUCUACACCAAGCGUCUCAGAUGUAAACUUCAGAGUCUGUUAUGUACAAGUGACUAGUGUAGCUUCAACUACAGCAACAACUACAGUGACUACUGCCACCAGUACUGCCACUGCCACCACUCCACCUCCACCUGCUCCACCAGUCACUACAUCACCAACACCUUCACAGUCAACACCUACUGAAGGUACCACACAACAACCAACAACCACUGUAGGUACAUCACAACCAACAACUACUCCAGUUACAACCACUGUCGGUACAUCACAGACAACACCUACUGUAGGUACCACACAACAACCAACAACCACUGUCGCUACAUCACAACCAACAACUUCUCUAGGUACAACAACCACUGUCGGUACAUCACAGACAACAUCUACUCCAGGUACUACAACCUCUGUCGGUACAUCACAGACAACACCUACUCCAGGUACAACAACCUCUGUCGGAACAUCACAGCCAACACCUACUCCAGGAAAGACAACCACCGUCGGUACAUCACAGCCAACAUCUACUCCAGGUACCACACAACAACCUACAACCACCGUCGGUACAUCACAGCCAACACCCACUCCAGGUACAACAACCACUGUCGGUACAUCACAGCCAACACCUAUUCAAGGUACAACAACCUCUGUCGGUACAUCACAAGCAACACCUACUCCAGGUACCACACAACAGUCUACAACAACUUAUGGAACAGGCCAAACAAAUGUUGGGACUACAACUGUUGGCACAAUGUCAACUGGUGAAACAACAGCAGCCGUACCCACAACACCUCCAAUGCCACCAACACCAAGUAUUACUCACCAGUCAACGACCACGCCAGUGUCAUCAGAACCAACUACUACUCCAGGUACAACCACUGUUGGUACAUCACAGCCAACACCUACUCCAGGUACUACCACUGUUGGUACAUCCCAGGCAUCACCUACUCCAGUUACUACCACUGUUGGUACAACCCAGGAAACACCUACUCCAGGUACUACAACCUCUGUUGGUACAACCACUGUCGGUACAACACCUACUGAAGGUACAACAACAACUGUCGGUACAUCACAGCAAACACCUACUCAAGGUACAACCACUGUUGGUACAUCACAGAUAACAUCUAGCCUAGGUACUACAACAACUGUUGGUACAUCACAGCCAACACCAACUCCAGGAACAACAACUGUCGGUACAUCACAGCCAACACCUACUCCAGGUACUACAACCACUGUCGGUACAUCACAGCCAACACCUACUCCAGGUACAACCACUGUCGGUACAUCACAGCCAACACCUACUCCAGGUACCACAACUGUCGGUACAUCAAAGCCAACACCUACCCUAGGAACAACAACUGUCGGUACAUCACAGCCAACACCUACUCCAGGUACUACAACCACUGUUGGUACAACAUCUACUCCAGGUACAACCACAGUCGGUACAUCACAGCCAACACCUACACCAGGUACAACCACUGUCGGUACAUCACAGUCAACACCUACUACAGGUACGACAACCACUGUCGGUACAACCACUGUCGGUACAACACCGACUGAAGGUACAACAACAACUGUCGGUACAACAACUACUGAAGGUACAACAACUGUUGGUACAUCACAGCCAACACCUACUCCAGGUACAACAACUGUUGGUACAUCACAGCCAACACCUACUCCAGGUACUACAACCACUGUCGGUACAACCACUGUCGGUACAACACCGACUGAAGGUACAACAACAACUGUCGGUACAACAACUACUGAAGUUACAACAACUGUUGGUACAUCACAGCCAACACCUACUCCAGGUACAACAACUGUUGGUACAUCACAGCCAACACCUGCUCCAGGUACAACAACUGUUGGUACAUCACAGCCAACACCUACUCCAGGUACAACAACUGUUGGUACAUCACAGAUAACAUCUACUCUAGGUACAACCACUGUCGGUACAUCACAGCCAACACCUGCUCCAGGUACAACCACUGUUGGUACAACACAUCCAACACCUACUCCAGGUACAACCACUGUUGGUACAUCACAGCCAACACCUACUCCAGGUACAACGACUGUUGGUACAUCACAGCCAACACCUACUCCAGGUACAACAACUGUUGGUACAUCACAGCCAACACCUACUCCAGGUACAACAACUGUUGGUACAUCACAGAUAACAUCUACUCUAGGUACAACCACUGUCGGUACAUCACAGCCAACACCUGCUCCAGGUACAACCACUGUUGGUACAACACAUCCAACACCUACUCAAGGUACUACAACCACUGUUGGUACAUCACAGCCAACACCUACUCCAGGAACAACCACUGUUGGUACAUCACAGCCAACAACUACUCCAGGUACAACCACUGUUGGUACAUCACAGCCAACUCCUACUCCAGGUACAACAUCUACUGGUGGUACAUCACAGCAAACACCUACUCCAGGUUUAACAACUACUGUUGGUACAUCACAGCAAACACCUACUCCAGGUACAACCACUGUUGGAACAUCACAGCAAACACCUACUCCAGGUACAACAACCACUGUUGGUACAUCACAGUCAACACCUACUCCAGGUACUACAACCACUGUCGGUACAUCACAGCCAACACCUACUCCAGGAACGACAACCACCGUCGGUACAUCACAGCCAACACCUACUCCAGGUACCACACAACAACCUACAACCACUGUCGGUACAUCACAAGCAACACCUACUCCAGGUACCACACAACAGUCUACAACAACUUAUGGAACAGGCCAAACAAAUGUUGGGACUACAACUGUUGGCACAAUGUCAACUGGUGAAACAACAGCAGCCGUACCCACAACACCUCCAAUGCCACCAACACCAAGUAUUACUCACCAGUCAACGACCACGCCAGUGUCAUCAGAACAAACUACUACUCCAGUUACUACCACUGUUGGUACAACCCAGGAAACACCUACUCCAGGUACUACAACCUCUGUUGGUACAACCACUGUCGGUACAACACCUACUGAAGGUACAACAACAACUGUCGGUACAUCACAGCAAACACCUACUCAAGGUACAACCACUGUUGGUACAUCACAGAUAACAUCUAGCCUAGGUACUACAACAACUGUUGGUACAUCACAGCCAACACCAACUCCAGGAACAACAACUGUCGGUACAUCACAGCCAACACCUACUCCAGGUACUACAACCACUGUCGGUACAUCACAGCCAACACCUACUCCAGGUACAACCACUGUCGGUACAUCACAGCCAACACCUACUCCAGGUACCACAACUGUCGGUACAUCAAAGCCAACACCUACCCUAGGAACAACAACUGUCGGUACAUCACAGCCAACACCUACUCCAGGUACUACAACCACUGUUGGUACAACAUCUACUCCAGGUACAACCACAGUCGGUACAUCACAGCCAACACCUACACCAGGUACAACCACUGUCGGUACAUCACAGUCAACACCUACUACAGGUACGACAACCACUGUCGGUACAACCACUGUCGGUACAACACCGACUGAAGGUACAACAACAACUGUCGGUACAACAACUACUGAAGGUACAACAACUGUUGGUACAUCACAGCCAACACCUACUCCAGGUACAACAACUGUUGGUACAUCACAGCCAACACCUACUCCAGGUACUACAACCACUGUCGGUACAACCACUGUCGGUACAACACCGACUGAAGGUACAACAACAACUGUUGGUACAACAACUACUGAAGUUACAACAACUGUUGGUACAUCACAGCCAACACCUACUCCAGGUACAACAACUGUUGGUACAUCACAGCCAACACCUACUCCAGGUACAACAACUGUUGGUACAUCACAGCCAACACCUACUCCAGGUACAACAACUGUUGGUACAUCACAGAUAACAUCUACUCUAGGUACAACCACUGUCGGUACAUCACAGCCAACACCUGCUCCAGGUACAACCACUGUUGGUACAACACAUCCAACACCUACUCCAGGUACAACCACUGUUGGUACAUCACAGCCAACACCUACUCCAGGUACAACGACUGUUGGUACAUCACAGCCAACACCUACUCCAGGUACAACAACUGUUGGUACAUCACAGCCAACACCUACUCCAGGUACAACAACUGUUGGUACAUCACAGAUAACAUCUACUCUAGGUACAACCACUGUCAGUACAACCACUGUUGGUACAUCACAGAUAACAUCUAGCCUAGGUACUACAACAACUGUUGGUACAUCACAGCCAACACCAACUCCAGGUUCAACCACUGUCGGUACAUCACAGCCAACACCUACUCCAGGUACUACAACCACUGUCGGUACAUCACAGCCAACACCUACUCCAGGUACCACAACUGUCGGUACAUCACAGCAUACACCUACCCUAGGAACAACAACUGUCGGUACAUCACAGCCAACACCUACUCCAGGUACUACAACCACUGUUGGUACAACAUCUACUCCAGGUACAACCACAGUCGGUACAUCACAGCCAACACCUACACCAGGUACAACCACUGUCGGUACAUCACAGUCAACACCUACUACAGGUACGACAACCACUGUCGGUACAACACCGACUGAAGGUACAACAACAACUAUCGGUACAACAACUACUGAAGGUACAACAACUGUUGGUACAUCACAGCCAACACCUACUCCAGGUACAACAACUGUUGGUACAUCACAGCCAACACCUACUCCAGGUACUACAACCACUGUCGGUACAUCACAGCCAACACCUACUCCAGGUACAACAACUGUUGGUACAUCACAGCCAACACCUACUCCAGGUACAACAACUGUUGGUACAUCACAGAUAACAUCUACUCUAGGUACAACCACUGUUGGUACAUCACAGGCAACACCUGCUCCAGGUACAACCACUGUUGGUACAACACAUCCAACACCUACUCCAGGUACUACAACCACUGUCGGUACAUCACAGCCAACACCUGCUCCAGGUACAACCACUGUUGGUACAACACAUCCAUCACCUACUCCAGGUACAACCACUGUUGUUACAUCACAGCCAACACCUGCUCCAGGUACAACCACUGUUGGUACAACACAUCCAACACCUACUCCAGGUACAACGACUGUUGGUACAUCACAGCCAACACCUACUCCAGGUACAACGACUGUUGGUACAUCACAGCCAACACCUACUCCAGGUACAACAACUGUUGGUACAUCACAGCCAACACCUACUCCAGGUACAACAACUGUUGGUACAUCACAGAUAACAUCUACUCUAGGUACAACCACUGUCGGUACAUCACAGCCAACACCUGCUCCAGGUACAACCACUGUUGGUACAACACAUCCAACACCUACUCAAGGUACUACAACCACUGUUGGUACAUCACAGCCAACAACUACUCCAGGUACAACCACUGUUGGUACAUCACAGCCAACACCUACUCCAGGUACAACAUCUACUGGUGGUACAUCACAGGAAACACCUACUCCAGGUUUAACAACUACUGUUGGUACAUCACAGCAAACACCUACUCCAGGUACAACCACUGUUGGAACAUCACAGCAAACACCUACUCCAGGUACAACAACCACUGUUGGUACAUCACAGUCACCACCUACUACAGGAACUACAACAAUUGUUAGUACAUCACAGGCAACACCUUCUCCAGGUACAACCACUGUCGGUACAUCAUCACUGACACCUACUCCAGGUACAACAACCACUGUCGGUACAUCACAGCAAACACUUACUCCAGGUACAACAACUAUUGUUGGUACAUCACAGUCAACACAUACUCCAGCACAAACUACAGCGUCAACUCCAAGCACAGAAAAACCAAACGUAUGCACAGAUGUUGAAGGUAUGACAAAUCCAUCUCUCACGCCAGACAUCAAAGUAAACGAACAAACAGAUGUUGAAGAUAUCCGUCCUGGUGGGAAGAUGUUGUCAAUAAAGGAAAGCCAAGCAAAUGUCGAAAUAAAUCUUGGGAAAUCUACUCAGCUUGGAUCUAUCAAAUUUGUAAAACCUGACGAAAGUAAUAUUAAAACAUUCAGUGUUUUACUGGUAAAGAUUGAUGGAGAAACUCCAGAGCCAUAUUUAGGUGGAAAGGUAUAUCAGGGAGAUGAACUAGUGACUUUUGAAAAGGACACGUUUGCAGUCAAAGUUAUUGUCAGUGUUAUUGAUAAAGUAGAUAGUAAUCUUGACUACUUAUUGGAAGUAGAAUUACGAGCUUGUUUCAUGACAGGUACUACUAUACAAUCCACAACUGAAUUACUGACGACAACAGCAACAACUCAAACUACACCAGGUAUUACAACUACUUAUGGUGUCACACAAACAGAAACAGUACCUAGCACUACUACACCAAAAAUAGGAGUGUGUGAGAAUCCCAAAACUUUCAAGUAUGAAAACAGAGAUGACAAAGAUCUUGAAAUAAAAACAACUAAUGGCAAAGCUGGCCAGGAACCAGUAAAUGCAUUUGAAGGAUCAUCAAGUAGCUGGACUCCAACUACUGGCGGUAGUAGUAUAGAAUAUGUCAUAAAUGGUAGAAAUAAUCCCGUUGAAUUUGUUGAUAUUGUGGUGAAACUCCUAAAUAUUGAGACAAUUACAGUGGAGUUACUAGACUCAGAAGGAAAGGUUAUAAGCACCGAAACACAAACAUACCAAACGAAAGAAGUGACAGAAACCUUCACAUUGAAUUUCAAUAUGACAGAUGCAGACUCUAUGCGCAUCAAUGUAACACCGAUGGAAGACAUUGUAUCUACACCAAGCGUCUCAGAUGUAAAAUUCAGAGUCUGUUAUGUACCAGGUACAAGUACAGCAUCUACAACUACAGCAACAACCCCAGUAAGUACUGGCACCACUACUGCUACUGCCACCACUCCACCUCCACCAGCUCCACCAGUUACUACAUCACCAAUGCCAGUCACUACAGGAACAUCUACGCCAGGAACCACACAACAGUCUACAACACCUACUCAAGGUACAACACAAACAUCGACAACACCAAUUUCAUCAGAGCCAACAUCUACUCCAGGUACAACACAACCGUCUACAACACCUACUGAAGGUACCACACAACAAUCGACAACACCAAUAACAUCACAGCCAAUAUCUACUACAGGAACCACACAACAACAUACACCAACUGUCGGUACAUCACAACCAACACCUACUCCAGGUACCACACAACAGCAUACAACCACUGUCAGUACAACAAAGGCCACACCUACUCCAGGUACAACAACAAUUGUCGUAACAUCAAAAGCAACACCUGCUCUAGGUACAACAACUGUCGGUACAUCACAACCAACAUCUUCUCCAGGUACCACACAACAACCUACAACAACUGUUGGUACAUCACAGGCAACACCUACUCCAGGUACAACAACUGUCGGUACAUCACAGCCAACACCUACCCCAGGUACUACAACAAGUGUCGGUACAUCACAGCCAACGACUACUGAAGGUACCACACAACAGUCUACAACCACUGUAGCUACACAGCAAACAACAAUCGCUGUUGGUACAACUUCUACGUUAACAACUUUUGGAACAGGCCAAACAAACGUUGGGACUACAACUGUUGGUACAAAGUCAACUGGUUUAACAACAGCAGCCGAACCCACAACACCUCCAAUGCCACCAACACCAAGUUUUACUCAACAGUCAACGACCACGCCAGUGUCAUCAAAACCAACUACUACUCCAGGUACAACCACUGUCGGUACAUCCCAGGCAACACCUACUCCAGGCUCUACAACCACUGUCGGUACAUCACAGUCAACACCUACUCCAGGUACAACCACUGUUGGUACAUCGCAACCAACACCUACUCCAGGUACAACCACUGUCGGACAAUCACAGUCUACACCUACUCCAGGUACAACCACUGUUGGUACAUCACAGGCAACACCUACUCCAGGUACAACCACUGUUGGUACAUCACAGCCAACACCUACUCCAGGUACCACAACUUAUGUCGGUACAUCACAGCCAACACCUACUCCAGGUAGCACAACCACUGUCAGUACAACACCUACUGAAGGUACAACAACCACUGUCGGAACAUCACAGCCAACACCUACUCCAGGUACAACAACUGCAGGUACAUCACAGUCAACACCUACUACAGGUACAACAACCACUGUCGGUACAUCACAGCCAACACCUUCUCCAGGUACUACACAACAACCUACAACAACUGUCAGUACAUCAAAACCAACACCUUCUCCAGGUACAACAACUACUGUGGUUUCAUCACAGGCAACACCUACUACAGGUACUUCAACAACUGUCGGUACAUCACAGCCAACACCUACUCUAAGUACUACACAACAGCCUACAACCACUGUCGGUACAUCAGAGCCAACACCUACUCCAGGUACUACAACCACAGUCGGUACAUCACAGACAACACCUACUCCAGGUACUACAACCACAGUCGGUAUAUCACAUCCAACAUCUACUCCAGGUACAACAACCACUGUCGGUACAUCACAACCAACACCCACUCCAGGUACAACAACCACUGUUGGUACAUCACAGGCAACACCUACUCCAGGUACUACAACCACAGUCGGUACAUCACAGUCAACACCUACUCCAGGUACAACAACCACUGUCGGUACAUCACAGCCAACACCUACUCCAGGUACUACAACCACAGUUGGUACAUCACAGUCAACACCUACUCAAGGUACUACAACCACUGUUGGUACAUCACAGCCAACACCUACUCCAGGUACAACAACCACUGUCGGUACAUCACAGCCAACACCUACCCCAGGUACAACAACCACUGUUGGUACAACAUCUACUCCAGGUACUACAACCACAGUCGGUACAUCACAGCCAACACCUACUCAAGGUACAACGACUGUUGGUACAUCACAGCCAACACCUACUCCAGGUACUACAACCACAGUCAGUACAUCACAGCCAACACCUACUCUAGGUACAACGACUGUCGGUACAUCCCAGCCAACACCUACCCCAGGUACAACAACCACUGUUGGUACAACAUCUACUCCAGGUACUACAACCACAGUCGGUACAUCACAGCCAACACCUACUCCAGGUACAACGACUGUUGGUACAUCACAGCCAACACCUACUCCAGGUACUACAACCACUGUCGGUACAUCACAGGCAACAUCUACUACAGGUACUACAACCACAGUCGGUACAUCACAAGCAACAUCUACUCCAGGUACAACAACCACUGUCGGUACAUCACAGCCAACACCUACUCCAGGUACAACGACUGUUGGUACAUCACAGCCAACACCUACUCCAGGUACUACAACCACUGUCGGUACAUCACAGGCAACAUCUACUCCAGGUACUACAACCACAGUCGGUACAUCACAACCAACACCCACUCCAGGUACAACAACCACUGUUGGUACAUCACAGGCAACACCUACUCCAGGUACUACAACCACAGUCGGUACAUCACAGUCAACACCUACUCCAGGUACAACAACAACUGUCGGUACAUCACAGCCAACACCUACUCCAGGUACUACAACCACAGUUGGUACAUCACAGUCAACACCUACUCAAGGUACUACAACCACUGUUGGUACAUCACAGCCAACACCUACUCCAGGUACAACAACCACUGUCGGUACAUCACAGCCAACACCUACCCCAGGUACAACAACCACUGUUGGUACAACAUCUACUCCAGGUACUACAACCACAGUCGGUAUAUCACAGCCAACACCUACUCCAGGUACAACGACUGUUGGUACAUCACAGCCAACACCUACUCCAGGUACUACAACCACAGUCAGUACAUCACAGCCAACACCUACUCUAGGUACAACGACUGUCGGUACAUCACAGCCAACACCUACCCCAGGUACAACAACCACUGUUGGUACAACAUCUACUCCAGGUACUACAACCACAGUCGGUACAUCACAGCCAACACCUACGCCAGGUACAACGACUGUUGGUACAUCACAGCCAACACCUACUCCAGGUACUACAACCACUGUCGGUACAUCACAGGCAACAUCUACUCCAGGUACUACAACCACAGUCGGUACAUCACAAGCAACAUCUACUCCAGGUACUACAACCACAGUCGGUACAUCACAGCCAACACCUACUCCAGGUACAACGACUGUUGGUACAUCACAGCCAACACCUACUCCAGGUACUACAACCACUGUCGGUACAUCACAAGCAACAUCUACUCAAGGUACAGCAACCACUGUCGGUACAUCACAGGCAACACCUACUCCAGGUACUACAACCACUGUCGGUACAUCACAGCCAACACCUACUCCAGGUACAACAACUGUGGGUACAUCACAGACAACACCUACUCCAGGUACAACAACUGUCGGUACAUCACAGCCAACACCUACUCCAGGAACAACAACUGUCGGUACAUCACAGCCAACACCUACUCCAGGCACAACAACUGUCGGUACAUCACAGCCAACACCUACUCCAGGUUCAACCACUGUCAGUACAUCACAGCAAACACCUACUCCAGGUACAACCACUGUUGGUACAUCACAGGCUACACCUACUCCAGGAACAACAACUGUCGGUACAUCACAGCCAACACCUACUCCAGGUUCAACCACUGUCGGUACAUCACAGCCAACACCUUCUCCAGGUACAACGACUGUCGGUACAUCACAGCAAACACCUACUCCAGGUACAACAACUGUUGGUACAUCACAGGCAACACCUACUCCAGGUACCACACAACAACUUACAACAACUGUCGGUACAUCACAGCCAACACUUUCUCCAGGUACAUCAACCACUGUCGGUACAUCAAAGGCCACGCCUACUCCAGGUACUACCCAACAACCUACAACCACUGUCGGUACAUCACAGACAACACCUACUGAAGGUACCACAAAACAGUCUACAACCACUGUAGCUACACAGCAAACAACAAUCGCUGUUGGUUCAUCUUCUACGUUAACAACUUUUGGAACAGGCAAAACAAACGUUGGGACUACAACUGUUGGUACAAUGUCAACCGGUGAAACAACAGCAGCCGUACCCACAACACCUCCAAUGCCACCAACACCAAGUAUUACUCACCAGUCAACGACCACGCCAGUGUCAUCAGAACCAACUACUACUCCAGGUACAACCACUGUUGGUACAUCACAGCCAACACCUACUCCAGGUACUACAACCACUGUCGGUACAUCACAGCCAACCCCUACUCCAGGUACAACCACUGUUGGUACAUCACAGGCUACACCUACUCCAGGUACAACCACUGUUGGUACAUCACAGCCAACACCUACUCCAGGUACAACCACUGUUGGUACAUCACAGGCUACACCUACUCCAGGUACUACAACCACUCUCGGUAUCUCACAGUCAACACCUACUCAAGGUACAACAACCACUGUCGGUACAUCACAGCCAACACCUUCUCCAGGUACUACACAACAACCUACAACAACUGUCGGUACAUCAAAACCAACACCUUCUCCAGGUACAACAACCACUGUCGGUACUUCACAGCCAACACCUACUCCAGGUACAACAACCAAAGUUUUUACAUCACAGCCAACAUCUACUCCAGGUACUACCACUGUUGGUACAUCACAGACUACACCUACUCCAGGUACUACAACCACUGUCGGUACAUCACAGCCAACACCUACUCUAGGUACAACCACUGUUGGUACAUCACAGGCUACACCUACUCCAGGUACAACAACCACUGUCGGUACAUCACAGCCAACACCUUCUCCAGGUACUACACAACAACCUACAACAACUGUCGGUACAUCAAAACCAACACCUUCUCCAGGUACAACAACCACUGUCGGUACUUCACAGCCAACACCUACUCCUGGUACAACAACCACAGUUGGUACAUCGCAGCCAACAUCUACUCCAGGUACUACCACUGUCGGUACAUCACAGUCAACACCUACUCCAGGUACUACAACACCUACUGAAGGUACAACCACUGUCGGUACAACAGCUAUUAAAGGUACAACAACCACUGUCGGUACAUCACAGCCAACACCUACUUCAGGUACUACCACUGUCGGUACAACAACUACUGAAGGUACAACAACCACUGUCGGUACAUCACAGCCAACACCUACUCCAGGUACAACCACUGUCGGUACAUCACAGCAAACACCUACACCAGGUACAACCACUGUUGGUACAUCACAGUCAACACCUACUCUAGGUACUACAACCACAGUCGGUACAUCACAGCCAACACCUACUCCAGGUACAACAACCACUGUCGGUACAUCACAGCCAACACCUACUCCAGGUACAACAACCACUGUCGGUACAUCACAGCCAACACCUACUCCAGGUUCUACCACUGUCGGUACAUCACAGCCAACACCUACUCCAGGUACAACAACUGUCGGUACAUCACAGCCAACACCUACUCCAGGUACAACAACUGUCGGUACAUCACAGCUAACACCUACUCCAGGAACGACAACCACUGUUGGUACAUCUCAGCCAACACCUACUCCAGGUAUAACCACUGUUGGUACAUCACAGUUUACACCUACUCCAGGUUCUACAACCACUGUCGGUACAUCACAGCCAACACCUACUCCAGGUACAACCACUGUAGGUACAUCACAGCCAACACCUUCUCCAGGUACAACCACUGUUGGUACAUCACAGCCAACACCUUCUCCAGGAACAACCACUGUUGGUACAUCACAGCCAACACCUACUCCAGGUACUACAACCACUGUAGUUACAUCACAGGCAACACCUUCUGCAGGUUCUACACAGCAGUUUACAACAUCAACAUCAGCGACAAUAUCUACUGCAGGAACAGUACAAAGUACUUUCACAACACCACAAGGUGUUUGUACGAAUCCCAAAACUUUCACGUAUGACAACAGAGAUGACAAAGAUCUUGAAAUCAAAACAACUAAUGGCAAAGCUGGCCAGGAAUCAGCAAAUGCAUUUGAAGGAUCACCAAGUAGCUGGACUCCAACUAUUGGUGGUAGUAGUAUAGAAUAUGUCGUAAAUGGUAGAAAUAAUCCCGUUAAAUUUGUCGAUAUUGUGCUGAAACUCCAAAAUAUUGAGAGGAUCACAGUGGAAUUACUUGACUCAGAAGGAAAGGUUAUUAGCACCGAAACACAAACAUACCAAACGAAAGAAGUGCCAGAAUCCUUCACAUUGAAUUUCAAUAUGACAGAUGCUGAUUCUAUGCGCAUCAAUGUAACACCGAUGGAAAACAUUGUAUCUUCACCAAGCGUCUCAGAUGUAAAAUUCAGAGUCUGUUAUGUACCAAGUACAAUGACCAGUGCAGCAUCAACAACUACAGCAACAACAACAGUGACUACUGCCACCACUACUGCCACUGCCACAACUCCACCUCCACCUGCUCCACCAGUCACUACAUCACCAUCACAGUCAACACCUACUGUAGGUACCACACAACAACUAACAACCACUGUAGGUACAUCACAACCAACACCUACUCCAGUUACAACCACUGUCGGUACAUCACAACCAACCCCUACUUCAGGUACAACAACCACUGUCGGUACAUCACAGCCAACACCUACUCCAGGUACAACCACUGUCAGUACAUCACAGGCAACACCUACUCCAGGUACAAACACUGUUGGUACAUCACAGCCAACACCUACUCCAGGUACAACCACUGUCGGUACAUCACAGUCAACACCUACUCUAGGUACUACAACCACUGUCGGUACAUCACAGUCAACACCUACUCCAGGUACAACAACCAUAAUUGGUACAUCACAGCCAACACCUACUACAGGUAUUACAACUACUGUCGGUACAACACAGCCUACACCUACUCCAGGUACAACAACCACUGUCGGUACAUCACAGCCAACACCUACUCAAGGUACAACAACCUCUGUCGGUACAUCACAAGCAACACCUACUCCAGGUACCACACAACAGUCUACAACAACUUUUGGAACUGGCCAAACAAAUGUUGGGACUACAACUGUUGGCACAAUGUCAACUGGUUUAACAACAGCAGCCGAACCCACAACACCUCCAAUGCCACCAACACCAAGUAUUACUCACCAGUCAACGACCACGCCAGUGUCAUCAAAACCAACUACUACUCCAGGUACAACCACUGUUGGUACAUCCCAGGCAACACCUACUCCAGGUACUACAACCACUGUCGGUACAUCACAGCCAACACCUACUCCAGGUACUACAACCACUGUUGGUACAUCACAGGCUACACCUACUCCAGGUACAACCACUGUUGGUACAUCACAGGCAACACCUACUCCAGGUACUACAACCACUGUCGGUACAUCACAGCCAACACCUACUCCAGGUACUACAACCACUGUUGGUAUAUCACAGGCUACACCUACUCCAGGUACAACCACUGUUAGUACAUCACAGCCAACACCUACUCCAGGUACAACCACUGUUGGUACAUCACAGGCUACACCUACUCCAGGUACUACAACCACUGUUGGUACAACAUCUACUACAGGUACAACAACCACUGUUGGUACAUCACAGGCAACACAUACUCCAGGUACAACAACUGUUGGUACAUCACAGCCAACAUCUACUCCAGGUUCAACAACAACUGUUGGUACAUCCCAGGCAACACCUACUCCAGGUACAACCACUGUCGGUACAUCACAACCAACACCUACUCCAGGUACUACAACCACUGUUGGUACAACAUCUACUCCAGGUACAACAACCACAGUCGGUACAUCACAGUCAACAACUACUCCAGGUACAACAACCACUGUCGGUACAACACCUACUACAGGUACAACAACCACUGUUGGUACACCACAGGCUACACCUACUCCAGGUUCAACAACAACUGUUGGUACAUCCCAAGCAACUACUACUCCAGGUACAACCACUGUCGGUACAUCACAACCAACACCUACUCCAGUUACUACCCCAAGCACUGUUGUAACACCUACAGUGACAAGCACUGCAUUUACUACUACUCAAACGACAACUACCGAAGUGACAGGUACAUCACGUAUUGCAACUCUAAUAUCUACCACAGAGAAAACACCAACAGUUACGACGACAUAUAUUCCAACAGAAACUACAACAGCCAAAGGUUCAACUACGAUUAGUCCUCAAAUUACCUCUACUUCACUAACAAUGACACCACUCACUACUGGAUCAACAGUUACCACAACAGUAACAGUCACCUUAUCAACAACAGUUCCAGAUCAAUGUAUAUUUACCAAAGAAAUCUUCCAAGAAAAAUUUGGAUAUGACACAACUAAAGUUAUAGGUUACAUAGAAAAAGAUGGAAAACCAGGUUUUACAUCAACAUCAGAAGGAGUUAGCAUUGGUGAUAUCUUACAAAUCGGUACAGUUGUUAAUGCUCCCGGUUGCACUAAUUGUACCUGUACAGAAGGUGGAUAUAUUGAAUGUGUAACUGGAUCAUGUCAAUAUUGCGAAUACAGUGAUUGGUCUGAAUGGACAGAGUGCUCUAAACCAUGUGACAAUGGUGGCAAGUCUAGGAAUAGAACUGCAGUAACUAUUCGUCCUGAAUGUAACAACCUGACAGAAAUAGUGGAUUGCAACACUCAUCUUUGUCCCUUUACAACAACAACACCAUAUUGUGAAACUUGGAGCGACUGGUCCGACUGUAGCAGUCAAAACUGUGAACAAGGACAAAGAACAAGACAGAGGAAAUGUCCAGACGUAAAGACAGAGGAUGAGCCAUGUAUAGGAGAAAAUGUCAAUUGCACAACCUCAGCUUGUGUACCUCCUCUUGUAAUGAAGGAAUGUGUUAAACAAUGUCCCGGAACAUGCAAAGCACUUAGAAUGGAUACCUGUAUAGAACCAGAUGAUUGUGAACCUGGCUGUGGAUGUCCUGCUGGAGAAGUUAUGGAUGACAAUGCAAACUGUGUUAAAGAAGAAGAAUGUCCAUGUUAUUAUGUCAAUGGUGUUAUAAUCCAUGAAAACUUUACUGUUCCAAAGGAUGGCAGUCCAUGUGAAGAAUGCAAAUGUUCCAUGGGAAGUAUUACAUGUUAUCACAAACAAGACUGUUGUGACUGGGAAGAAUGGACGUCAUGGGGUUCAUGUUCCUCAUCAUGUGAAGCAGGAGUUCGAUACAGACACAGGGAACUUAAAGUUGGCCAAUUAGAAAACUGUGGAACAAAUAUGGAGACUGAGAAAUGUCCGGAGCCUGUUCCUAUACCUGAUACUUGUGUAGAGUGUUUGAUUGAAGGGAUACCAUACUCUAAUGGGCAGGAGAUUCCGAAUAGAGGAGGAGAAUGCAGUAAAUGUUACUGUACGAAUAUGCAAGAAAUGUGUCUGCCUGACCCAGACAAAAAUAUUGAUGGAGCCUGGUCACUAUGGUCAGAAUGGGGUCAAUGUUCCAGAACAUGUGAAGGUGGUGAACGUGUCCGAACCAGAGGUUGUAAUGAUCCAAUACCUUCAUGUCUUGGAGGCAAAUGUCCAGGAAAUAAUACAGAGGUGGAACCGUGUAACAAUGAUGUGGCAUGUUGUCAAGUUUCACAGUGGACUGAAUGGGGACAAUGCACUGUUACCUGUGGAGAGGGCAACAAAAUCCGACAACGAAGCUAUGUUAAAUCUUCUGAUGAAGAACUAUGUCCACCGCUUGACAAAGUCGAUUCAGAACCAUGUAAUGCUGGCAGUUGUGAAUGUGUAUUCUCUACGUGGUCUGAAUGGUCAGACUGCACUGCUUCUUGUGGAUUAGGACUCACAGAAAGAAGCAAAACACUCCAAGAACCAAAUGACAAAUGUAAUACCACUAUAAGGGAUGUUACAGUAUGUUACCAGCAGGAUUGUUUAUGCGACAAAGAUCAUCAGCAAUGGACAAACUAUUCUUAUUGCCAGAAGACAUGUGCUAAUCGUCAUUUGCCUGAAUCAGAGAUGUGUACUGAAGAAGAGCAGGGAUGUAUCUGUAAGGAAGGUUAUUUCCUCAACUAUAACGAUGUGUGUGUCUUGGAGGAACAAUGUGUCUGCAAUACAUCUCUUGGUGUUAAGGAGAACGGUGAAUCAUGGUCUAAUCCUGAAAAUAAAUGUGAACAGUGUGAAUGUGUGGACUCUCAGAUCAAAUGUUACAGAAAAUGCCAGGAAAUCACAUCAUGUCUACCUGGUGAGGUUCUUGUUCCAAUCAGUGAUUGCUGUUCAAGAUGUGAAAAACCUAAAGAUACAUGUCAACUAUACACAGAAUCUAAACCACUGAUAAGAGAUGGCUGUGUAUCUGUUGGAAAUGUGACAUAUAACUAUUGUUCUGGGGGAUGUGGAGAUAGCGUUAAUAAACCAAUGUUGUUGCCUGAAGGAAUAGAGUAUGUAGAAGCAAUGAUUAAAGAUUGUUCAUGCUGUACUGGUAACAUUGGAGGAUUCACCACUGUACAAGUCCAAUGUGAGGGAAUAGACGGCAUCAUUUCAGCAAAGAUUCCAGUAAUAGACAAGUGUGAAUGUAACAAAUGUGUAACAACAGAUUACGAACAAACGCAAAAUUUGGCGACCAAUACUAUAGCAGGAAGGAAACGAUAGUAGAGAACCAGCCAUUUGUUAUUUGAAUAUCUGACUCUCUCCUUUGUUUUUAAUGUUUUGUUAAAUAUGUGGUUGUUUAUAUGAUUUAUCUUUAAACUGUUAUUAAACUUUUCUUGAUACAAAUGGUGUGUAGAAUAAAAUAUGCUUAAAUCA